AUGUGUAACGUCUUCUUUCGCAGAUCAUGAAUAUAAAAAUUGAGGAUUUUGCUGUUACACAAGAAGAGGAGGAUCGUAUAGCAAAACUUCCUUUGAUAAAGUCUGAACAUACGGACUCCAUCAAUUUACAGAAAGUUGUACCUGAUUCUUAUAGUGAAACGAGUUUUGAGGCUUCUUAUGAUCACAAUAAAGUCAUGGAUAUCAAAGUUGAGGAUGACAGAGGUGUGGAAGUGGAGGAGCAUCCUGUCAUGAUACCAUUUCCAGUAAUAAAGGCGGAGCAUGAGUUUCCUGCAAAAGAACAGAACUUAUUACAAGUUGGUGAGCUUCCAUAUACCUGUGAAAUGUGUCAUAAAUCAUUCACUUCUCGAACUACACUGAAGAAACAUCAAUGCGUUCACAGUGGGGACCAUUCAUAUUCCUGUAAUGUGUGUAAUAAGUCAUUCAGCCGUAGAAGUGAUUUGAAGAGACAUCACCGUAUACAUAGUGGGGAUCGCCCAUUUUCCUGUGAUGUAUGUAACAAGUUAUUCAGUCCUCAGAGUAGUCUGAAGAAUCAUCAGCAUAUGCACAGUGGAGAAAGGCCAUAUUCCUGUAAUGUGUGUAAUAAGUCAUUCAGCUGUAGAGAUAGUUUGAAGAUACAUCUCCGUUUACAUAGUGGGGAGCGUCCAUAUUCCUGUGAUGCAUGUAACAAAUCAUUCAGUCAUCAGAGUACUCUGAAGAAUCAUCAGCGUAUACACAGUGGAGAUAGGCCAUAUACCUGUGAUGUAUGUAACAAAUCAUUCAGUCAACAGAGUCAUAUGAAGACACAUCAACGUAUGCACAGUGGAGAUAAGCCAUAUACCUGUGAUUUGUGUAAUAGGUCAUUCAGUCAGAGGUGUCAUCUUAAGAUACAUAUCCUUAUACAUAGUGGGGAGCGUCCAUAAAUCUGUGAUUUGUGUAAAAAGUAAUUCGUUCAGAAUUGUGCUUUGAAGACACAUCAACUUACACAUGGUAGACGGCAGCCACAUUAAUGUGAUGUAUAUCAUAAAUGAACUCUCUUUAAUGACUGAUCUGUUCUUCAGUGUCAUUAACUCUUCUCAUUAAUAGAAUAAUCCGAUGAGUCAAUACAUGUGUGGGGUGCGCAUAUUCUUGUGAUAUAUGUAAGUCUUCCUAUUAUCAGAAGAGUCUGCAAAAGUAUCAUUGCAUACCCAGAUUAAAGUUACUAUAGUCCCAUCAGGUAUAAGACUUUUUCUUCUGUCAGAAUGCAAAUGAAUACCAACUCGUGCACAUUUUUUAGUACAGGAAUAUUGUUCAGGAUAGGAACAGUAAUUGUGCAUUUCAGGCAAAGGGCAGUCACACUCUUGUGUAAUACAAUGAUGAGCAUCUCAUGACGUAUGACGUGAAGUUUCUCGGCGAAUAAAUGCAAUAAAAAAUAAAAUAAAUGUAUUUGAAAACACUUUA